AUGAACUUCCUCCGGUUGACCCCGUCAAUGCGCUCGCCAAUCUUCGCCAGAGUCUCGACUACUGUGCUCAUCUUGGGCCGGUCACGGGCGCUCCUCGCCAGGCAGCUGUCGGCCAGCCUGGCAACCCUGCGGGCCCCGCCCGGUGAGUACCGACCCUCAAGCCUCGGGUCCAUAAUCGUGUUGAACCUCUGGCCGCGGACCCAAUCUAGAAGCUUCCGCUCGUGUCUCGGCCGGUCGCGAUCGAGGGACCGUCUCCCGGACCACGCCGAAGCUCCACACGUCGCUCUUCGAGGUGAGGUGUCCCGUCUCUACGUAGUCGGGGGCCGCGUAUCCUUGUGUCCCGACGACCUGCGUGAAAUUACUGGAACGUACCGCGGUCGAGACGUGGGUAUGGCCAGUUGUGGGGCCCUCACGGGCAAGCCCAAAAUCCGAGAGCUUAGGCUGGAAAUCGUCAUCCAACAGCACAUUGGACGACUUGAAAUCUCGAUAUAUGACCUGUGA